GCGUUCAGACUUCCCGUCCCAGCUCACGGACACAGUGUACAUGAAGUGGGAGUUCCCCAUCCGGAAGCUGAACUUCGGCAAGGUGGUGGGGCAGGGCGCGUUCGGGAAGGUUCACCACGCCAUCGCCCAGGACAUCGACGGCAAACCUGGACCUGUCGCAGUCGCCGUCAAGACUCUGAAAGACGGCGCCACGGUGGAGGAGAGAGAGAUUUUACAGAAGGAGCUGGAUCAGCUGAUUUACGUCGGCAGCCAUCCUAAUGUCAUCAGGCUGCUCGGAGCAUGCAGCAGGAGGGGGGUUCUCUGCAUCAUCAUGGAGUACGCUAUCCACGGGAACCUGCGAGAGUUCCUGAAGGCUCGGCACCUGGUGAGUGAUCUGGAGAGCGACCGGCAGCUGUGCGCGAUGGGAGCCGGCGUGCUGCGUGACGCGGACCUGCUCAAGUUGGCGCUGGGCAUCGCCAGGGGAAUGGCACAUCUCGCAUCUCUGAAGUGCAUCCAUCGUGACCUGGCAGCGCGGAACAUCCUGGUGUUUGACGGCGUGGUGGCGAAGGUGUCCGACUUCGGGCUGGCCAGAGAGGCUAAGGAGAACGCGUACUACUUCAAGGAAACCAAGGAUGGCCGCAUGCCUUUCAAAUGGAUGGCACCAGAGACACUACUGUCCGGCAGAUACACAACUAAAAGUGACGUGUGGUCCUUUGGCGUGCUCUUGUGGGAGAUAACCACCCUAGGAAGCAGCCCGUACCCAGGCAUCCCCACCGACAAGAUAGUCACACUGGUCCUGAAGGGGUACCGGAUGGGGAAACCGCCAAACUGCCCACAGGACAUAUUCGACAUGAUGAAGAAGUGUUGGAGACACACUCCUGCCGAGAGACCGACCUUCAGGGACCUGAAGGACACCCUGGAGAAACUCCUGCAGUACCCGCCUGACGGGAAAAACAGGAAGGUGUCUACGGGACGACGGCAGGUGCAGCAGAAGGCUAAGCCGUGCGUGGACUGCUGCCUGGGGGAUAACGGCAGCGCCCUCUGUCAGAUCCCUACCGACAGUGCAGAGCAGCUCGCUGUUGUUUCCUGCGCAAGUUCAUCAAACGCAUGAAAGGGCUAAUCUUCAACCAUUUUGGGGGCAGUCGUAACUGUCUGGCAAAUGGAUACAGCCUGGCCAAUUUGAUAUUGUCUUUGUAGCUACAAAAAUAUCUGCUUGGAGAUAGGG